CCUUGGCUCAGGGCUCGGAGGGUCUGCAGGCCCACACGCUCCCUUGACCCCCUGCUAAUCACUGCACGACGUACCUCUGAUACUGUCCUCCAGAUGGUGCGCAGUGGCGCGCUGCUGCCCGUGGCACUGGUUGCGCUGAGCGGCUGCCGCGCGCUUGAUGUCCAGAAGUUUGGCGUCGAGCGGAUCGAAAAGUUCGCCGCCCUGCGCGCCGAGUCUGAGAGCCUGCGGGGCGAGCUCGGCGCCGAGCGGGCGGGGACCCGCGUCCGAGCGGACGCGGCGGGCUCGCUCGACAUGCUCCAGGGGGCCGAGCAGGUGGCCACGAGAGUGCAGGCAUCCCUUGGGCAGAAUCUCCAGGGCGGCGCCGCCGUAGACAGCAUGGCCACCUCGAGCUCGACGGCGGAGAUGAGGAGGCUUCUCGAGCGCAAGAUCGCGGCGAUCGCUGCAGAAGAGGCGGGGGCGAAGACGGAGGGGGCAGCGAAGGCGGACUGGAUUGACGAGAUUGUGGCGCGGGCCAGGCAGGCUGGUCGGGCGAGGCUGGAGGAGGCCAAGCGCUUUUCGAAGGAGGCGGCUGAUCGAUGGGAGAUGGCGCAUGCGAAGCAGGGCCGGAGGCGAAGCAGGGGGGAUGCAGAGGCCAAGGAUGCGGCUGUGGAGGGGGAGGCGACGGAUGAGAGUGUGCGCAUGGCGGUGUAG